AUGCAGACAGCACGCAAAUCUCACCGCUCAGUGCCGGAGUCUCACCACUCAACGCACGAAUACCACUACACGAAAUCGCAGCGAAACCACACCACACCUAUCGGGACGGACUCACCCCCCUGCGCACUCACACCCACACCAAACCCUCCACCCAACCUCACAAAAACCAUCACACCACUUAUCUCACCGCAGCUCCAGACACCCCACCACCACGCCCCCCGCCAACACACAACUACCAGCCCACCCCGAUACACCACGCUCCCCACUCAACCCAACAACUCCAACCACGCCCCCACCACCCUCAACAAACUUCCCCACACACAAGCGGCACGCUCGCGCCCUAAGCCACUCGCCAGCCCAGAACAACAAACAAACCGCCCCCCAACCCACGCUCACCAAUUCCACACCGCCCUGCCCGCAGCACCGCACAAGACCACUCGCCUCUCACCAACCCCGGCAUUCGAUACACAGUCACCCCUCCACAGCCUCACCCCUCCACCACUAAACCCCCCAAUCUAG